UUUGCUAAAAGAUAGCGAUGUUUUGGUUAUUUUUUACAUGGAUAUGUCCACAUAGAGCAUUAUCCACUUCAAACGGACGCGUCUCUUCCAAAAUGGCUUCUUCUUCAUCAUCCCUGCUUCUUCCCUUAGGUUCCAUCUUUGUCAAAAGUACAUCUCCCAACCAUUGUAUACUACCGGUUCAUAAAAACCAAAGUCCAGUAGUGCGAUGCUCAGCUUCCGAACAAGGAGCUAGAGUUGUGAGCACAACAAAGUACAAUGAGGAUGUCACUCUUACCAAUCGACGGUCUGCAAUUGGCUUAAUUUUCGCAAUGUGGGGUCUUGAUGUAGCAAUCCCAUUUGAUGCCAAGGGAGCUGGCUUGCCCCCAGAGGAAAAGCCAAAACUAUGUGAUAAUGAAUGUGAGAAGGAGCUUGAAAAUGUACCUAUGAUAACUACAGAGUCCGGACUGCAGUACAAGGAUAUUAAAAUAGGCCAAGGUCCUAGUCCGCCGGUUGGUUUUCAGGUGGCUGCAAAUUAUGUUGCCAUGGUACCAUCAGGACAAGUAUUUGAUAGUUCUUUGGAGAAAGGCCAGCCCUAUAUAUUUCGAGUUGGUUCAGGUCAGGUGAUCAAGGGACUUGACGAAGGGAUUUUGAGUAUGAAAAUCGGGGGAAAGCGUCGGAUAUACAUUCCAGGCUCUUUGGCAUUUCCGAAAGGUCUCAAUUCAGCACCAGGAAGGCCUAGAGUGGCUCCAAACAGUCCAGUGAUUUUUGAUGUGAGCUUGGAAUACAUACCAGGCCUUGAAUCGGACGAGGAGUAAGAAAUCUAAUUUUCCUCAGAUUUUAUUUACUUUCCGGGGAUGGGUCCCCCAUUAUUCUUUUCUUCUUUUAUUGUAUGAUACCAAUCUCUAUUCAUUGAUGGACUUGAAUUUGGAAGGUGAGGAGCUUUGCAUGGUUUCCACACCCAUGUUGUUGUAUCAAGUAAACAGUGAUUUGGAAGUCGGAAUUUUUCUUGAUCUGGGUACUGACA